AUGGCUCAAAAUGUUUCUAGAAACACAAUCUCUGAAUUUGUUAUCACAGGAUUUGACACUUUAGAAAAGCCAGUUGCUGUUGGUAUUGUUAUACUUAUAGUUUACAUCCUUGUCAUGCUUAGUAACAUUGCAAACAUAUGCUUCAUUAUGUUGGAUCAACGUCUUCAUCAGCCAAUGUACCUUUUCAUCUGCAAUUUAGCAAUUGUGGACAUGCUACACUGUACAAGUUCAUGUCCAACCAUGAUAGGUGUUCUUCUAGCUGGAUAUAAAACCAUAUCAUAUCUACCCUGUUUUCUUCAGAUGUUUGCUUUUGGGUUAGGUUUUGUGAUGGAGCUGUUUACUAUUUCUAUCAUGGCGUUUGACCGUUUAAUUGCCAUAGUCAACCCAUUGCGGUACCAUUCCAUUCUGACAAAUUCCCGCUCUGUUCUGCUCACUUUCUUGCUUUGGAUUCUGGGUUCUGCUUCUAUGGCUAUAGUGCCUGGAACUCUUCUUCCUCUGCCAUUUUGUUACUCAAGUCUGAAAUACAUUUUUUGUGAUUAUGCAGCUGUUGCCAGAGCAACUUGUGUUGAUCCAAAUCCAUAUUUCAAUUUAAUGACAGCUUUGACCUUCUUCUUGCUGUUUGGAACAUUCAGCUUUAUUUGUGUGUCUUAUAUUAAAAUAGUUAUUGUUGUCAUAAAAAUGACCUCAAAUACUAGUAAGAAGAAGGUGUUUAAUACUUGCUUUAGUCACUUAAUAGUCAUAGUUUGCUAUUAUGGACCCAUAUUUGUACUAGUAGUUUUGACUAGAGUAGGAUUAAACUUAACAGUGGAGGAACGAAAUGGUUUGAGAGUUGGGACAAUUCUUGGUCCUUCCUUGUUAAAUCCUUUCGUAUACUGCUUUAGAACUAAAGAGAUCAGAAAUAAAUUAUUAAGAAUAAUGUCUAAAGUUGACCCUGAUGAAUAA